AUGAUUUAUCAAGAACCCGAUACCACUGAUGAGUUAAUGUGUAUAUUAUUAAGUUUUCGCAAGGAGGCAGUUACAAUCCCUGCAGAUGUUGAAGAAAUGUUCAUGCAAUUGGUCUCUGAGUCUGAUCGAGGAGCUUCAAGAUUUCUGUGGUGGCAGGAGGGAGACAUGUCGAGGGAACCAUCUGAGUUUCAAAUGACAUCUCAUCCAUUUAGUGCCAUAUCAUCGCCGUUUCGUGCGAACUUUACCUUGAAUAAGACGGCUCAAAUAUUCUCUGACGGUUAUGAUGGUUAUGUUGUAGAUGCUGUCAAGAAUAAUUUCUAUGUUGAUGAUUGCUUGAUAUCCAUUCCCAAUUGUGAUCAAGCAAAGAGUUUCGUUAAGCAUAUAAGUGAAUUAUUAUGUAGAGGAAGUAUGCAAAAAAUGAUCGAUCUUGAAUAUUGGUUCAAAUGUCCUACUUUAUUGCAUGGCGAAUUUUAUAUAACAAUCACUGACUGUCCGGAACCUACUCCUGACGAUAUUGAGUUUAGAAAAAUUGCUGUGGUUAACUUGAGUAGUAUAAAGCAAAACAUGUCACCUAUUCUCUCUUAUAAAUCCGAGUGGUUGAAAUUAGUCGGGGCCGUAGCCUGGCUUAGAAGGUUCAUAGAAUUUCUGAUGGUGCUUCGUUCACCGAGUCAUGAAGGAUCCGUUCAUCUAGGAUGUUUAAAGGUCAAGGAGCCUGACAUCGCCAAGGGUAAGAAUUUAUUGAUGGUUCAAAAGGAAGUGUGUGGAGAAUUAUUUAGUGAAUUUAGAAACAGAAGUAAAGUAGUAAGUCAUAAUGAUCUGAAAGGUUUAUCACCGAUAAUGCUUGAUGGGUUACUCUGUGUUACAGGUCGUCUAAGCUACUCAGAAUUAUUAAAUGCUUUUGAACGUCCAGUAAUUUUACCCAGUCGACACUUAGUGACGGAAAUGAUAAUUAAACAUUGUCAUAAAGUACCAGGACAUAUAGAAAGGUCAUUAGAAAAAGGAUAUAGAUAUGGGUUUACUUGUUUGCAAACAUGGGCAAUACAUAUUGAACUGAUGUAUAGUUUGAUUACUGGUUCAUUUAUAAUGGCCUUAUUACGUUUUAUUGGAAGAAGAAGGAAACCUCCGGAGAUUUACAGUGAUAGUGCGUCAAGCUUCAUGGGAGCAGAUUCUGAAUUAAGGAGGUUUGUGCAACAGUCGAAUCAGCAGAAGAUAAAUAUUGAAUUGUCAGCGAGGUCCUCAUCCAACAGCAUGGGUGUAAUUUGGGGAAGAGUGAUUAGGUCUAUACCAAGACUGUUAUUGUUGAUCACGAGAGAACAGGUGAAGCAGGUCUCCUUGAAGCUUUGGAUUAGUCUUUGUUGUUAUUGA